AUGGCAUCAGUGAUGAUACAUGAUCAAUAUUUGAAACAAGAUGAUAAAAUUCAACGUUUCCAAUGUGAGACAGUUAUACAAGAAUUAUUUGAUAAUGACAAUCAAAUAGCUGUUGAGUGGACAAUUGAACCACAAAUUGAAAUACAUGUUUGUCAUCAUAAUCCACAUCCCAUGAUACAUCACAAUACUAUAACAUCAACGACAACAGCAUCUAAUUAG